UUGGUCACUUUUGCUCUCUUAAAGUUGUAAAGCCAACUUUACAGAGUGAGCUUUAAUUUUCUUCAAAUCAAGUGAUCAAUUUUGGUAAUUUUGGAAUUGGCGCUGAUUUGUUCCCCAUGAUAUAUGAUCAAUUUUGGUGUUUGUGUUUAGUUUAGUGGUUAAUGAAUAUAGGAGUUGUAGGAACAGAACAUGUGAUGUGAAUUGAUGAAGUUUAAUUUUAUAAAACAAAUGGGUGUGGGUGUGGGUGUGGGUGUGAGUGUGUGUGUGUGUGAAGAUUUAAGGUUUUUGAGAGUAAAGAAUUUGGGUAACUUGUGAACGACUCCAUUCCAAAAUGGUCGACAAAGCCUGAUUUUGUAGUCCCAUUCUAAUAAUAAUGAUCACCCUCGGACAAGUUUGAGUGUUGUUAACUAUGUACUCUCACUUUUUUUAAGAAAGAAUAACAAAAAAGCAGGGAAGGGACUAAUAAGAAGCUUAGAAUCAUAUACAACAACGUGGUACAUACAUACCCUACCAAAGACACCAACUUUAUCAAAACACAUAGUUAAUGUUAAUACAUAACAUAUGCAUGCAAAUAUGCAAUGCAGUACCAAUACAAUAUUUCUAAGCUUUGCAGUGGCCAUCGCCAUGAAGAAAACAGAUUAUUCUGUCUCUCUCUUUUUUAUACUAAAUAUAUACCAAAUUUAAGUGUAUAUAUAUAUAUAUAUGUACAAUAGAGAAGUCAUAAUUGUAGAGGAGCAUCGGAAAAGACUUGUAUUUAAAAGAAAGUGCAUUGAGGACAUGGUGUUACCGCAGCUCUGUGUUCUCAAUCCCAGGUCUUCGUCUCCUUCUCUAACAUUCAAACGAAAUGGUAGUCGCAGAAGAAGUCCGCUAAAGCUUCCAUCAAGCGUGUUGGUAUCCAAUUCAUCAUAUCCCAUUUGGCCACUUCUUUCAGCUUCUUCUGAUCAGAGUCAGAGUCAAACUCAGAGCGUUGCAGCCAUCAUAUUUGGGGAUGGAUCAGAAUCACAAUCACAAUCACGUCUGUAUCCAUUGACGAUGAGAAGAUCAGAGGGCGCCCUGCCAAUGGCAGCAAAUUAUAGGCUCAUCGACGCAGUAGUGAGCAACUGUAUAAACAGCAACAUAAAGAAGAUAUUUGCUCUGACACAAUUCAACUCUACUUCUCUGAACUCACACCUUUCGAAGGCUUAUUCGGGAGUAGUAGGAUGCGAAGGGAUUGUCCAAGUAAUUGCAGCACAUCAGAGCUCUCACCACCAUCAUCACAAUGGAUCAUGGUUUGAAGGAAGUGCUGAUGCUGUUAGAAAAUGCCUUUGGAUACUAGAAGAGUAUUAUCAUCCACUCACCGAGUUUCUGGUGCUUCCAGGCCACCAUCUCUACCGAAUGGACUACCAACACCUCCUCCACUUCCACCGCAACUCUAAGGCUGACAUUACUAUUGCAGCAUCAACUAAUUCCAUUUCCACUCCUCACCACCACCACCCACCACCAUUUGGCAUUCUCCAAUUGGAUUUUCAACACCAAGUUCAAUCUAUUCGAUUCAACUCAUCGCCCAUUAUUCUCCCUUUUGCUUCUUCAUCUUCACCAUCAUCAGUGAAUAGAAAAUUGAAUGGUAAUUUUAGUAGUUGUGGUGAAUUGCGAAGCAUGGGAAUCUAUGUGAUGAAGAAAGAGGCAAUGAAAAAGCUUCUAGAAGAGCAGUUUCCAGAGGCAAAGGACUUGGCAAGGGAAGUCAUUGCAGGAGCAGUAGCAGCAAAUGGGAUCAAGGUUCAAGGGUAUCCGUUUGAUGGACGGUGGGAGGAGAUGAGGAGCAUUGGAGAAUUCUACAAGGCAAACAUAGAGAGCAUAGAGGAGGAGAAGAUGGGAUACAAUUUCUGUGACAGAGGAGUUCCAGUGUAUACAAUGCCUCAUUGCCUGCCCCCAACUCUUAUAAGUGAAGCUGUUAUUACAAACAGCCUUGUUGGGGAUGGCUGCAUCAUUGGUAGAUGCAGUAGUAUCAAAGGUUCGGUGAUUGGGAUGAUGACCAGAAUUGGAGAUGGUGUUGUCAUUGAGGAUUCUGUCAUUAUUGGCUCUGAUGUGUAUCCGGACCAACAAGAAGAAGAAGAAGAAGAAGAAGAAGAAGAAGCAACUAUUCCAAUAGGCAUAGGCAAUCAAUGUCAAAUAAGGAAAGCAAUUGUAGAUAAGAAUGCAAGGAUAGGCAACAAUGUUAUGAUCAUAAAUAAAGACAAGGUGGAAGAAGGAGAGGGGGAAGAAGGGAAGGGAUAUGUGAUCAGAGAGGGGAUAGUCAUUGUUCCUCGAAAUGCAAUCAUUCCACAUCACACCAUUCUCUGACACAUCAAAAUAAUAACACUUUUCCUUUUCAAUUAUACCUUCUUCAUUCAUUCAUUCUCCUUUUUGUAAAAUUAUUCAUUUUCAAUUCUGCCUUUCAAAUAAAAAAAUAAAAAAUCUUUAUAUACAUAUUUGGGAAAAUUUGUGACAGCA